UAUAGUUUAAAUUAAUAUUGAAUGCCUUAGACAUGUAUCCACUUUUGCAGCUUUUUUUAUCUUUUUUAUUAAAUAAUAGCAAUUAACUACACCAUCACAUUCGCGAUGGUCUUGCUGCAGAGUGCUGCAGAGUACAUCCCUCCCCUUGCUGUUAUGACUCGUAUAAACAGACGAAGGAGACAGAGUGAGAGAGGCUGUAGAAGAACAGCGAUGCCCUCAUGGACAGAUGUGCUGUGUAGAGCUGAUUUUCAGCUGCUGACGGUUCAGUUUGUCUUCAGGAGCGCUCCUUUAGUGAAUGUGGUAAGGGAAAACAAAUACUUUUUUCAGUUAGCCACCAUGAUUUUCAGAGAAAAUGUAUGCUGAACAGGAAGGGAAAAAAAGCCAAUCAUCAAUUCAGACAUUUUUCGCUGUUUAAGUUAGUUUUGAGGAGAGUAGGGGAAAAAAAUGUCAUAUUCGGAUUUGAAGCAGACGGAACACGAGGACAUGAUAUACACUGCCAUCGAGACAGUUAUCGCCCUGGCCUCUGUGAUGGGAAAUGUACUCAUAGUGGCAGCAGUGUGUGUGAACCGGGCUCUCCGCAGCCCCACCUUCAGCUUCAUCGCAUCUCUGGCUGGGGCUGAUAUUGCCGUGGGACUCUUGGCCAUUCCUGUGGCCAUUGUCAUCAACUGGGGAAUCAAGACUCAGUUCUACACUUGCCUCUUCCUCUCCUGUCUGGUGCUGGUCAUCACCCAGAGCUCCAUCCUUUCCCUGCUGGCUAUAGCUAUUGACAGAUUUCUGCGAAUCAAGAUUCCUACCAGGUACAACGAUGUAGUGACCCAGCGAAAAGCAUAUGUUGCAGUUUGUCUCUGCUGGAUCCUUUCUUUCCUCAUUGGAUUUGUCCCAAUGAUGGGUUGGAAUAACCACGCCUCUGUUGGCAUCAAUAAUUCCAGUGAAAUAAUAUGCACUUUCACAGCUGUAAUACCAAUGAACUACAUGGUGUAUUUCAAUUUCUUUGGCUGUGUAGUAGUACCACUGUCUAUAAUGAUUCUUCUGUAUUUGGAGAUCUUCCGAGUGAUCCGAAAGCAGCUUAACCGCAGAGCAGAGGCCACUUGUGAUGCAAGCAAGUAUUACCGGAAGGAACUGAAGUUGGCCAAGUCGUUGGCAUUGGUAUUUUUUCUUUUUCUCAUGUGCUGGCUGCCAAUACACAUUGUUAACUGCAUCACCUUCUUUGACUCAAGAAAAAGGAAUAUAUCCAAGCUUGCUGUGUAUGUGGGGAUUGUAUUGUCUCAUGGGAACUCCGCCAUCAACCCGAUGGUUUAUGCGUUUAGAAUAAAGAUGUUCCGUCUCACCGUGAUCCAGAUCAUUCGCCGCUACUUGUUAUGUAAAUACUCAGAACCCCUCACCCGACAUCCUUCCAGCACUCCAGGCUUUUUUGAAAAAGAAGACAUAAAGCGGUAGCAAAUGUUGCAAAGUUCAUUUCAUCAUACCACAUAGUAAGAGUGCAUCGAUUAAAUCACUCAACGACACAGACCAUGGAAGAUCAACCUAUUAAAACAGACAGCAAAGCACUCAGAUGAAACUUGGGAUGCAGUAAUAUUACUCAGGCUCUGCGCAUAAAUGAAAUAAACAAACAAAUAAAUGAUCAUCCCAUUACUGUCCAACACGCUUUAUUCACUCACUGAGCUGUAAAGACGUGAGAAAUAUGAUCCUAAUACCCUUUAGAAAUGAUUGGAAAUGCUAAAUUAUUCAUGAAAAGUUGUUAAUGUUAUAUUAAGAAGUAAAAAUAAUGUCCAUUUUUGUACUAAUAUUUCUACAUCAGUGGGAUGUUUUAGUAAUGUCAGACAAAAAUGAAAUAACACAAAUAAAAUUCUGCAUUCGUAAUUUUCAUAACUGACUUUAAAAAACUUGACUUGAUGUUCUGAUAUUAUGACAGCAUGAAAUCCUGAAAUGAGUUAUGUAAGAAAAUUUGCAGAUUUUAUUUCUGAAGAAAUGAAUAAAGGGAAAAUCAAAUGAGUUUUUAACCCUUUUAGUCAUCUACAAUUCUUGCCUGAACUUGACCAGACACAUAAAACCACACAAGACAGGAAUGACUUUGUUGGUUGAUAACCCAAAGAACAAAGACUAUGGGGUAUAAUUGCUGCCGAACAACUUGCUUUUCAUGAAAUAAGGCUGGGUUUGUACCAAUUUAGUAUUUAUUGGUAAGCUUAUGAAUAAAAAUGAUUGUCCAUUUUUUAAUUACAUGUACAUUUUUUUUAAAUUUUUUAUUUGACUAAAAAUCUGGCUAAAUGACUUACAGUCGUAUGGUCACUCUUUACAGUCGGUGAUGGAUCAGAAAAAGUGUUGUUUUUUUGUAUUUUUUGUAAUAAAGCUUUCUCUCCAGCACUAUGUGUGUCAUAUAUUGUUUAAAAUGAAAUGUUAAACUUGCUGGUAGUGUUUUAAAAAAUAUCUUGAUUACCAAAAUCAGCUUUAAAAAGCUAAAAACCUCUCACGCAAGGCAGCUAAGCAAUGACUUGUUUGUAAAAUUUGUUGGGGAAAUUAGUCAAAUGAUGUUAAAUGAGAUUAGCUAUAAAGGUAAAUUAAGGAAUAAUAUUGUGGUUUAUUGCUAAAACAUCCAGAUUUGUCCCCUAUUUGGGAUGUGUUACACAAAGUCUUCCCAGCAGGGGGAAAAAAAGCCCUGCUUUUAGUGCAAAUUGAAAGUACAGUAAAGUCACUACUGGAAAUGAAUCUAAGCCCUGGCAGGAGCAACUCACCAACAAGCCUUUAGGAUAUGGGGAUCUCAUCAGCUCAUUAGAGCCAUAUUUUAAAAGCUGUGGCAGGGGGCUGAAAGGGUCCAUAGCCUUUGAGUAAAUUACCGAAAGAGAUUUAAGCUGACGCGAUUUAUUCUAACACACCAGCUAAAGCUUCUGCAUCAGAUCUGCAUUGUCAUCAUUCUAACCUGUUCACACGUUUAUUACAUUUAUUUGAACAUGUCAGAAAUGGUUGAUUUUUUUUUUUUACUUAAAGUGAAAUUUUACUUUUUUCUGUGUUACACCUUCCCCCCUCCACCUUUGUCUGUCUGUCUGUAUCUUAGUCACCCCCAUGGUAAUGCGUGUAUUACCAUCUGUCACCUUCAUCCUCGCUGAGGGAUUUGAAACUGCUGAGUGUGGGUUAAUCCUUAGCCCUCAUCUUAAUGAGGAAGGUGUUGCACAUCCAACUUGGCAUUCACUGCUUUUGGAUUCUGUGUUGUGUCCCAUUGAAUGAGAAGAGCCAAAAAUAGGACUUCUUUAAAAGUUUUUCAUUUUCCUUUUCUUGACUCGUAUUAAAAAACUACUGUACUCUUCUUCAAGGUAAGAUUGUUCAUUCAUUUUAAAGAAAAAGUUUUUUUUCAAAAUUGUAACCAAAUCUAUUUAACCCAGGUUUUCAAAUGUACCUUAAUGUUUUGUUUCUGUUCCUAUUUUUUUUCCCCCCAGAUUCAGUAAAACCUCCAAUCAGUUGCAUUGUAUCACCUCUAAAUGGCUGAGACCGACGGUGCAGAUGAAAGUCAAGACCUGGAGGCUCCAGAAGAAGACUUAGACGAUGAACAUCAAGCUUUGCUGCAUCUCAGUAAACAUGGAGAAGCUCGGCGUUUGCUGCCGUGGGAGCAGUGGACUUUCAAAGAAAAGGCAAACUAUUGCAUGGACCGGAUCUUCCUUGGGAUUUUGGUCCUUUUUUUGAUAGUGUUGCUGGCUGAAUGUCUCUAUAAAAUGUGGUAUGUGUCAAAUGUGAAUAAGGUACCAGAGUUUGUUUUAGACUCUGUGUUAUCUCUGUUCAACUGGCUUUUUACUCAAGAAAGACACGAAGAACUGGCUGAAUUGUAAAAAGAUCAGAAGAAGGUCCACUUUUGAUGACACAGAUGUUUUUGGAUUUUGUACAAUGGAAUGCUUUUCAUACAAAGUAGUCUUAUCUGAACUUUGACUUUCAUUUAAAAUUAUCUCAAAAGGCUUAUUUGUAUCUAGUUUUUAGCCAAAUGGAGAACAAGAAAGGUAUUAAAACACAAAUAUGGAAAAUCAGUUGUUUUUGUUAGAAAGUGUGUCUAUGUCAACCACUGAAAUAAUUGAAAAUAUUAUGGACAAAGAUAUUAAGAAAUAUAAUGUAAAGUACUUGAUUUUUUUUUUUUUUGUAUUAAAAUCAAAAUGAAAUUGAUGCCAUGAUCUCAAUUACACUUAAGAGCAUAAAGAACAUCUUGCAGAGUUUUACAUGAAAGACUAUAUGGAUAAUUAACCGCGUGGACAACGAACUUGGAAUACUAGAUAAAUGACUUGUUUGUGUAAAGGUAUUAGUAAAUAAAAAAACAAGUCUGUGUUUA